AUGACUCAGAUCGAUACAACUGUGCAUUACGACAAUGGAUAUGAUCAGGAUGAAUAUAUGAUGCAAGAAGAGGAAUGGGACAGAGAUCUGCUGUUGGAUCCGGCAUGGGAGAAGCAGCAGAGGAAGACAUUUACAGCUUGGUGUAACUCCCACCUGAGGAAGGCUGGCACCCAGAUUGAGAACAUUGAGGAAGACUUCAGGAAUGGCCUCAAACUUAUGCUUUUGCUUGAAGUCAUCUCGGGUGAAAGGUUACCUAAGCCUGACAGAGGAAAAAUGCGUUUUCACAAGAUAGCUAAUGUCAACAAAGCACUUGAUUUCAUCACUAGCAAAGGUGUCAAACUUGUCUCAAUUGGAGCUGAAGAAAUUGUUGAUGGGAACGUUAAGAUGACUCUCGGAAUGAUUUGGACCAUCAUCCUCCGCUUUGCCAUUCAGGACAUCUCUGUGGAAGAAACAUCGGCUAAGGAGGGCCUGCUCCUCUGGUGUCAGAGAAAGACCGCCCCGUACCGAAAUGUCAACGUCCAGAACUUCCACGUCAGCUGGAAGGAUGGCUUGGCCUUCUGUGCCCUCAUCCACAGGCACAGGCCUGACCUCAUUGACUACGCCAAACUCAACAAGGAUGAUCCUCUGGGGAAUCUGAACCUUGCCUUUGACAUUGCAGAGAAACACCUGGACAUCCCCAAAAUGCUGGAUGCAGAUGACUUGGUAAACACAGCACGACCUGAUGAGAGGACGGUUAUGACUUAUAUCUCCAGCUACUAUCACACGUUCGCAGGUGCUCAGAAGGCUGAGACUGCUGCAAAUAGGAUCUGUAAGGUGUUGGGGGUGAAUCAGGAAAAUGAAAAGAUGAUGGAGGAGUAUGAGAGGCUGGCCAGUGAGCUUUUGGAGUGGAUUCGUAGGACGACUCCUUGGUUGGAGAACCGUGUUGCAGAGAAAACCAUGGCAGAGAUGCAGCGUAAGCUUGAGGACUUCAGAGACUACAGACGUCUACACAAACCACCAAAAGUUCAGGAGAAAUGUCAGCUGGAAAUCAACUUCAACACUCUGCAGACCAAACUUCGCAUCAGCAACCGACCUGCAUUUAUGCCCUCUGAAGGGAAACUGGUGUCUGACAUAGCGAGUGCGUGGCAGGGUUUGGAGCAGGCAGAAAAGGGUUUUGAGGAGUGGCUGCUGACUGAAAUUCGCAGACUGGAACGACUAGAUCACUUGGCCGAAAAAUUCCGCCAGAAAGCCACAAGCCAUGAGAGCUGGGCCAAUGGUAAGGAGGAUAUUCUCACUCAGAAAGACUACGAGACAGCCUCCCUGAUGGAGGUGAGAGCGUUGCUACGGAAGCAUGAGGCGUUCGAGAGUGACUUGGCUGCCCACCAGGACAGAGUUGAGCAAAUUGCUGCCAUUGCUCAAGAGCUAAAUGAGCUUGAUUACCAUGAUGUGGCUGCUGUUAACCAGAGGUGCCAAAACAUCUGUGACCUUUGGGAUAAGCUAGGCACACUCACCCAGAAACGCAGAGAGGCCUUGGAGAGAACUGAGAAGCUGUUGGAGACAGUGGAGCAGCUCUUUCUGGAGUUUGCUAAGAGAUCUGCUCCCUUUAACAACUGGAUGGAGGGAGCCAUGGAGGAUCUGCAGGACAUGUUCAUAGUGCACACAAUCGAGGAAGUUCAGACUCUGAUAGCAGCCCACGAGCAGUUUAAGGCCACUCUCCCAGUGGCAGAUGCGGAGAGACAGGCCAUUGUAGGGAUCCAGAAUGAAGUGCAGAAAAUCUCUCAGAGUUAUGGUAUCCAGUGCAACCUGACCAACCCCUACAGCACUCUGACCACAGAGGACAUCCUCACCAAGUGGGAGAAGGUGAAGAAGCUGGUUCCUCUGAGGGAUGGUGCUCUGCAGGAGGAGUUAGCCAGGCAGCAUUCUCAUGAGAGACUGAGACGACAGUUUGCUGCACAGGCCAACCUCAUCGGACCCUGGAUCCAGACCAGGAUGGAGGAGAUUGGUCGCUGUGCACUUGAGAUGGGCGGGACCCUAGAGGACCAGAUGACUCAGCUGAAACAGUAUGAACACAUUAUUGUCGCUUAUAAACCCAACAUUGACAAACUGGAGGGUGACCAUCAGCUCAUCCAAGAGUCGCUCAUCUUCGACAACAAGCACACUAAUUACACCAUGGAGCACAUCCGAGUUGGUUGGGAGUUACUCCUGACAACCAUUGCUCGCACAAUCAACGAGAUCGAGACUCAAAUCCUGACUCGAGAUGCCAAAGGGAUCAGCCAGGAACAGAUGAACGAGUUCCGCUCAUCCUUCAACCACUUUGACCGGGAGGAGACAGGUAAAUUGCGUCGUGAUGAAUUCAAGGCAUGUCUGAUAAGCCUUGGUCAUGUUGGGAAUGACAAACAGAAGAAGAAUGGAGCCAUGGACACAGAUGACUUUAGAGCCUGUCUCAUCUCGAUGGGUUAUGAUUUGGGUGAAGUAGAGUUUGCUCGGAUCAUGAUGCUGGUGGAUCCUAACGGCACUGGUGUAGUGUCGUUCCAGUCCUUUAUCGACUUCAUGACCAGAGAGACAGCAGACACCGACACAGCUGAUCAGGUCGUCGCAUCCUUCAGGAUUCUGGCAAGCGACAAGCCAUAUAUUCUGGUGGAUGAGUUGAGGAGGGAGCUUCCACCAGACCAGGCGGAGUACUGCAUCUCCAGAAUGCCUCCUUACACUGGGCCAGGGGCAGUGACGGGGGCACUAGACUACACAGCCUUCUCUACUGCCCUCUAUGGAGAGAGCGACCUGUGA